GAAUAAGGCGAGUUGGAAGAAGACCUGAUCAACAACUUCAGGGUGAAGGGAAAAUAAUUGAUAGGAGACCAGAAAGGCGACCACCUCGGGAAAGAAGAUUUGAAAAGCCACUUGAAGAAAAGGGUGAAGGAGGUGAAUUUUCAGUUGAUAGACCAAUUAUUGAACGGCCUAUCCGAGGCCGAGGUGGUCUUGGAAGGGGUCGAGGAGGCCGUGGUCGUGGAAUGGGCCGAGGCGAUGGAUUUGAUUCUCGUGGCAAACGUGAAUUUGAUAGGCAUAGUGGAAGUGAUAGAUCUUCUUUUUCACAUUACAGUGGCCUGAAGCAUGAGGACAAACGUGGAGGUAGCGGAUCUCACAACUGGGGAACUGUCAAAGAUGAAUUAACAGAGUCUCCCAAAUACAUUCAGAAACAAAUAUCUUAUAAUUGCAGUGAUUUGGAUCAAUCAAAUGUGACCGAGGAAACACCUGAAGGUGAAGAGCACCCAGUGGCAGACACUGAAAAUAAGGAGAAUGAAGUUGAAGAGGUUAAGGAAGAGGGUCCAAAAGAGAUGACUUUGGAUGAGUGGAAAGCUAUUCAAAAUAAAGACCGAGCAAAAGUAGAGUUUAAUAUCCGAAAACCAAAUGAAGGUGCUGAUGGACAAUGGAAAAAGGGAUUUGUUCUGCAUAAAUCAAAAAGCGAAGAGGCUCAUGCUGAAGAUUCGGUUAUGGACCAUCAUUUCCGGAAGCCAGCAAAUGAUAUAACGUCUCAACUAGAGAUCAAUUUUGGAGACCUAGGCCGCCCAGGACGUGGUGGCAGAGGAGGACGUGGUGGACGUGGACGUGGUGGACGUCCAAACCGUGGCAGCAGAACUGAUAAGUCAAGUGCUUCUGCUCCUGAUGUAGAUGACCCAGAGGCAUUCCCAGCUCUGGCCUAACUGGAUGCCAUAAUACAACACUGGUUCCUUUGUGGACCCUCCUGUUCAAAGCUUUUGCAUGCUUAAGGAUCCCAAACAACUAAGAAUUAAAAAAAAAAGGGCUGUCAUUCAUACCAUUCACACCUAAAGACUGAAUUUUAUCUGUUUUGAAAACGAACUUCUCUAGCUACACAGAAGUAACAAAUAUGUUAGUCAGUUUUGUAUUUAGAAAUGUAUUGGUAGCAGGGAUGUUUUCAUAAUUUUCAGAGAUUAUGCAUUCUUCAUGAAUACUUUUGUAUUGCUGCUUGCAAAUAUGCAUUUCCAAACUUGAAAUAUAGGUGUGAACAGUGUGUACCAGGAAAAGGCUUUCACUCAUUUGUGUUUUUUAAUUAAGGAUUUAGAUGUUCCCUCAAUUACAAGCCGGUUUUAAAUAUUAGCCAAAAUACUGGUUUUAAUAUCUGCUUUGCGUUUUCACACAUGGUCAGCUGGGACAUGUAAACUUCUGAUUUACCAGAUUUUAUGCUUCAUGGAAUACUAACCACUAUGUAUUUUAACUUUAUUUUUAUUUGGGAGUUGGCAUUUUUUUCCCCCACAUCUUAUGAUAGUUGAUAUAUACUAAAUCUUUAUACAGAAUUAUCAGUACUUGAAUGAAUUCAAAACACAUUGGUUUAUUAACUCUUGACUCAUGCAUGGUUUAUUAGGUUCAAAUUAUACCUGAUUCACCUAUAUUUACUUUUAAAAUGUGUGGCUUCCCCAUUUUAAAAGUAGAGCUAAACACUGCUUUUGGAACUUGUGUAAGCUACUUCCUGUUGAGAGAUAUAGCCUGUGUUCAGUGCAAUAGUUCUGUGGGUGUGGGUUUUAUCUUCUCUCCAACAAAGUGGGUGGAGUAAGUUAAUUUGGUUAAUUCCUAAUAGUUAAACUUGUGUAAAAUAAGAGCCUGGCCAUUUGGUAUUUGUGUAUGAAAGGCCCACAAAUCAAGAGGGUUAUCUGUAAUCAACAAUCUUCUUGAUUUAGAAGAAUCAAAGGGCACUCAUUGGUUAGUAUGCUGAGAUGGAAAACUAUCUUGUAUUUCAAAACCAGCUUUACUUUUAGUUUGGAACAACACCACAUAUAAAAUUACAAAAUAAGUAUAUUGUUGAUGAAUUUCCUAUAUAUUGUUAUGAUUUUUUUUCCUGAGUUAAUAGAUAAAUGUUUCAUGGAAAGUGUUAAGUAUCAGUUUCCAUUUCCUCCAUUAGAAAAUUAGGUAAUUAUUUAAACAGAAGCAUUUAUUAAAAAGUAUAUAUAUAGAAUGCUCAAAAAACAAGUUUUCUAGGAUAUUUUUAUUCACAUUAAUUAGCCAGGGAAGGAAUUUUAUUCAAAGCUUUAAGACUUGUCAGUAUUUUUUUUUUAAUCUGUUAUAAUUUUGGGCAUAUUGGAGAUCUUAAAUUUUACAUUUGCUAGUUAGAUGGUUGGUUUUUAUGUGCACAUCUAAAAGAUUCAUUUAAUUGCAUUGACUGGUUGUGAGUCUGAUGACUUGGAAAGAGGGGUUUUUUUUGUUUUUUUUUUUUUAAAUAUAUGUGCUGAUACUUAACGCUGUUGCCUGAUGUUUCACAUGUUCAGAUGCCUCUUCUCCAGAGGUAAGGUUAGUCCAUGUGAACUUGUUGGCCCUUUGAGAUUACAGCAUAUGCACCCUUAAAUCAGUAUAUUUAACCUUUCAAGUAUUUUAAUUCACUUUUUAAUAGUAACAUCUUUAUAAAUCCAGAUUACCACCUCUUAGAAAUACAGGUUCUACUCAAGAGUCACUGGCACCAGAAAACACAUAGGGCAUUUGCAACAUUGUUGCAAUCUUUCAAAGUAGGUUGAAAUUGAAGAGGAGGUAGGUUUCUUCUGUCUGGUACCUGUGAAUUUCCUUUCAGGUUUACUUUAUGUCAAGAACUAAAGGUAGACAUUCUGUUUAUUGAAAAAUAACAAUUUAUUUUCAUGCUCAUUUCCUGAAAGAUAUAAAAGCAAUAUGUUCCUUGGCUUCCCUUUUUCUGAUCUCUGCACUGUCAAGAUAAUGCAACUUUUAAGGUUUUAAAUGUUUAAAUAUCAUGUGAGGUUUUAAAUGAACCCGAUAGGUCCUGUAUUUCGAGGAAUACCUGUCUUAAUGACGAAAUUGGGGAAGUUAGUACAAUAAUUUCAAAAGUGGUUGUAAUAGUUGGCUUAAAUGCUUUAAAUAUAAAUGGCAUCAGUUGAAAUUUUUAGCAUAGUUCCAGCUUGGAUUGAAGGAAGGAUAUAGUUUAUUAGUUAAACGAUUUGGCAUUGUUCAGAGAUCUUAAAUGUACCAGCAAGUACUACAGUUCAAGACAUGUGAUUUCCAGAGUUAUGAAUGUAUUUGGUUUGUUUUGGAGAGAGAUUAUUGCAUAUUCCUUGUGAUUGUUAUUUUUAUAAUUACCAGAAAUGAUUGAUGACAUAGAAAAGAUGUUGUACUUAGUUUGCAAGUAAAAUGUAAGUAUUUUGUGUUAGAUUUUUAAAAACAUCUUAAGAGCAUUAGCAGGUUGAAGAAACCAGGUAGUAAAAAUUAAAAAUGGAAAGCUGCCAGAACCUUACUGAUGCUGACUUUAAAGGUAAGACAGUGCAGGCACAUCUGGACAGGUGGCCCAACAUGACCUAAUUGCUGUAGUACACCUAUGAUGCAUGCCAUUUUGCUUCCCUACCCACACUCUCUGGGUGCUGGGUAUCCGUGCUCAGCAAGUAUGCUGAGCUUUAACCGAAGCACCACAGUAAAGGAAGUUUAGAAAAUAUAUUCUAGCCCAAACGUUUGUGAUUGUAAUGAGAUUAAUAUGUGAAUGCUAAAUCUGAAUGUCAUAUCUCCACAUUAGCUAAAAGCCAGAAACCAAACUACUAGUAUGCUUUGAAGAGUAUGUCUAAUAACAAGGCAGUAAAUAUUACCUUGUUGAACCGUCUUAAUAAUUUGUCUGCAUAGGCAAAACUAAUUUUCAGGUGUUUUUUUAAAGCUGAUUUGAAGUGCUAGGGAUUUGUGUAUUCUAGGCACAUGUUCUGCUACCAAGCAUUCCUCAACCCAAAUUGAUGGGUUUUGUUGGGGAAAAAUUAGUGACUGCUUUCCUAAGUGUGAGUAGGUUUUGCUAGCUGUGCCCUUCCUGACUGCUGUUCCUGAUCAUCCCAGGCCAGAAUGUAAAAAAAGCUCCUUUAAAAUAAAAAUUUACCUCUAAGUA